AUGGCGUCUAUCCAGCCAUGGAUAGGACCCCUCAUUGAACAAUCUUUGUCUCUUUGUUUGCACGCGCAAUUGGAUAAUCUGGAGGUCGAGGAUGAUGGAAGCAACUUGCGAUUUAAAGUUCCUUCGGGACGCCAUGCCAUGAUAACUGCGUGGGAUAACAUGAAGAAUUGGUCCAAAGCAAGAAUCACGGAUCAGUUGACACAACUCGAUGCGAUCAUCUCCGAAGAAUCACUCGAAGUAUACAAUCGAUCAUUCCCCCAUCGACCGGUGGACAUCAAGGAAGCCAGAGGAUGUUGCAUGCGACUACUCGAUUUUGAGUUGGUUCUCGAAUAUGCCGCUUCGAGCCCAGGGAUCCAUUUUUACGUCAAGCGUUUCGAUGUCGCAUGGGAGGGAUUCAGGUACAAGGGUCCCGUUCCAGGGAGAUUGCCCAAAAAAUCAAAGGAACUCAUGGAGUUGAUAAACCAGGCCUUCAAACACGCUAAGUCGGCAGGGAAAGGGGGCCAAGUUUCGAAAGAUACUCGCUUUUAUGGCUCUCCUGACUCAUUGAAGGGCCAUGCCUCCCAAGCUCCUGGCACACAGAGCGUUUUGAUGUCUCAGGUACCUUCAGAUCUCCGUAAAUUGGCGUACGGUUCACAAGCAGCUCCGCUGCCAGUAAACCCGGAUCAGCUUCUGGGUCAUCUCGGUGGUGGCGCUCACGUUUCACAGAACGGGUCCCCAUCACAGGCACCGCCUGAGACCGUGGCCCAACCAAAUGAAGCAGUGGGAACUGACCAGACUCGUGGAAGUGAUGUCUCUAUCGAGGCCGAUACUAGACCUUCGGUUCAAGAUUAUGUGCAGCUCCUGGACCCGGUAUCUGUUUCUAGGCUCAAGACUCCCGAACGGAAUACUCCCGGCAUGGGUGAACGCAUGAGAGAUAAGGCGGAAGAGUGUACAAAUCCCGCGCAGGAACCAGAUCGAGAAGAAAAAGUGGAAAAACAUGCCAAAUCGCCCGCUCAGACUGGCGCCUCUAAACAGACAUUAACGGACAGCGAGGAUUUCAACGGCCCAAAACGCAGCCGAGAAAACCCUUGGGAAGGUAUGACAAUGAUUUCCAAAAAGGACGUGGAAAUCCCCAAGGAUCAGAGGAAACUCUUUGAACAACAUCUCCGUCGUUGGAUACCGGCUUCACCGGGAAGGGAUGAAAUUACAGGAAACGUACCACCUGCACUCUUGCACCAAUGGAAUCAAAUUGCGCUAAAGAGACACCGCAUGGCCCAGCAACCAGGCCCGAGGAGCUCAACUCCUGACCCAGCCGUUUCAGACGACGCACAGCCCGAUACACCCCACCAUUCCCCGGAGCCAGAUCCAGAGUCCGACCAUGACUCGACAUAUUCCAAUUGGUCCGCUAGUGAUAAGUCCAUGAGGGAUGCAUCUCCAAGCCGAAGAAUUCCAGCUGACAGCAGCCCCAUACGAGAAAGACCCAGGGGUAGACGAGCCGACUUGCAACGGGCCGAAUUAGAUUCCACUCGCAAUCAACCAGAAGCCGAUGCUGAGCCAGAACGAGACAUACUGAUGGGAAGCCCACCAAAGCAAGGCCAUAAGCCAAACCCGGGCACGACUGAUGGUGAUACUUGUCUUGAGGACACCAGGGCUCAUAUACAAGAGGCGCAUGAGUCUGACAAUGAAAGCGAUGACUCUACGAUGGAAACCUCUGUCCCGUGCGCCCUCGGAAGCAAUUCCCAGCCAACGUACCCGGCCAGUCAGCCAGAAAACGGUGUCGACAGCUCGGGCUCGGCACACGAGCAGUCUGUCCAAGAGCAUGUGCAGGUCAUGGAAACCCCUGCCAAUAAACGUCGAGCGGCGAAGCCCAAAGGGAGCCCUAACCAUACCGACUCAGGUUCGCAGCCGUCUGGGCAGUCAUCGUCAUCGGGGCCAAACAACAAUGGUGAUCCCGAACGCACGCAAGAUACGAAUGUUUCAAUCGGGUCAGAGGAUGGCUCAAACAACGCCGAUAUACCGGGCACGCAACCAAGUACGGGACACUGGUCAAUGCAAGGAACAACGUUCUCCCAGCCGGAUAUGUUGCUCGAUUCUUCGGCGUUCAGAAAUAGAGAACAGAAAGAGUCAUCGAAGCCGUUCUCAUCGUACCGAGAGGUCUUACACUCAACUCAGUCGGAAGAUAUCGAGGAUGCAUCGGGCCCUAGCAGUUCGCUGCCUGAUCUCCUUGUCGAACAUGCCAAAAGAUUAGCAUUGAAGCGAGGCGUUUCUGAAGUUGAUAGUGACCUAUCAAUGUCGAAGCGAUUCAAAGCGCAACACGACGAGGACCUCGAUAGCUAUAUCAGUGGCUCCCCUGAGCAUUUCGAAGCGCAACGGAUACAUGAGAAAUUCCGGAGCGCCUACCCCAGCUACACGGGGGAUUUCCUCCAUUUCACAGAACUAUGCUCCAUGCUGCGAUCUCUGCGGAGUCAAGGGAAUCUCACGCGGUCUUUCCUAUGGGACGACUUCAUCAUCAAGCACUUGCAAGACUACCCGCAGCAUCAGGAGCAGUCAUCCGCCGCGGAAACCAAGACACUACCAUACGGAGAGUUCUUCCUAUCGACAUAUAACAAGCCCUCCAUCGAGGUCGCAGCCGCACAGUAUGUGCCCUUCAGCGAGCCGAGCCCUGUUCACCAGGCCGAUGCAAAGGUCUCAUUCACAGGCAGUCUGGUGGACCGUCAGAGCGGCCAGACCGACCCGGAUAUCGACCGGAUGCCGUCCACCCAGUCCACGGACUCCCAGGAAGACACGCAGGCGGCCGCUGAAGAACAGCUGCUGGGCGAAGUGUCCCAAGCAUCCGCGCGCGAGGAGGCAGGCCACGAGCGCAGUGGUCCCAACAAAGAACAUCACACAGCGCCUCCCAACCAACAUUCAGAAGAAGCAGGUGCCAAACAUUCCCCAAGCCCCACCGAAUCACAAUACGACGACGCCAUUGAAGAGGCGCGGCAAAGCCGCGCCCCUGAUGGACCCCGCUCAGCCAGCGCCUCCGAAAGCGAUUCACGCUACAAAGACGCAGUGAACGAGACCGAAGCUAGUCCAGCCGGUGAAACCGAAACUCAUCUCGAGCCCACCAUCCCCGAAAGCGUUUCCGAAUCCGUCUACGACGACCCCAUGGACGAAACGCACGAAACAGCGAGCAUCGAGCUCGGCGACGACAAGGACACCGAGGCAGGUCCGUCCUCUACAGCAGAUGCAAAAUGUCUCACUGAGCAGAAAUCCGACGCCGGAAGCGACAACGAGAACUGGUUUGACUCCCUGCACCAUAUCUGGGAGCGUUCCGACGCGGACCCCCCGUGGUCAGACGACCGGAACACGCCAUUCAAGACGUGGGCGCGGGAGACGCUGAACGUCAAGUCGGAGGUGAAGCGGCGGGGGUGGGCUUAUGCGGUUGACGAGAAGGGGGUGGUGCAGCGGCCUCGUUGA